AGAUAGGUGUUCAGCUCAAGCCCUGCCUUUUUUUAAUAAAGGUGUGCCCGGCAGGGCGUCUCUUGCGAGCUGGCGAGACUCCAAUCUCAAUGAAGACGCACAGUGGAUAGUUUAAAUGUAAUGAAGGCGGCUUAUUGUCUACAAACAGCUACGUGUCACUGCAAUUUGUACGUGUGAACUGUUUUUUUUUUUUUUUUUUUUUUGCAGUAGGAAACAAAUUGUCAACACACUACCACCGGGCGCAUUUUGCCAGUGGAAAAUAUACCCGCAGAGAAACUUCACACCUGGACACGAAUUAAAGUUUAAAAGGAAAGGGGAGACGGUGGGGUGUCGGGUUUUGCUUUGAUGCUCCGCUUCCUUUAAACAGCACAGCACCCCCCUCUCCUUCAGGAUGGCGGUCGAAUUCCUGGAGACGGUUCGGAAGUUCUGCCGAUCCAGGGCGUUUUGGAUCCUGGUGGCGAGUUAUAUCGGGUAUGUAACGCUGGGCUCGGUGGUUUUGAUGGCGCUGGAGCUGCCCCGGGAAGCGGAGCUGCGGGAGCAGCUGAGAUCGCUGCGGGUCAGCUUUCUGGACUCGAACCCGUGCGUACAGAGCGACUUGCUGGAGUCCUUUGUGGAAAAAGUUCUGUUCGCCAAGAAAUACGGAGUCUCGGCACUGGACGAGAGGAGUCUCGAAUGCAAUUAUGAUUUCACCUCGUCGUUGUUUUUCGUCAGUGCAUUCCUCACCACCACAGGUUACGGUGAGACUGUGCCGAUCUCCGAUGGAGGGAAGCUCUUCUGUAUUUUCUACUGCAUGCUGGGAGUGCCCCUCACUCUGCUGGUCUUCGCCUGCAUGGUUCAGAGGCUCAUGGUGUUCGUGACGCGCAGGCCGGUGCGCUACGUGCACACGCGCUGGGGUUACGAGGCCGGCACGGUGGCGCUGGUGCACGCCCUCCUCUUGGGGGCGCUCAUGAUCACGUUCUUCUUCAUCAUCCCUGCUGCGAUCUACACUGCCAUGGAGGGAGACUGGAGCUUCCUGGAGUCGCUGUACUUCUGCUUCAUCUCUCUGAGCACCAUCGGGCUGGGGGACUACAUCCCGGGCAAGACCAGGAGCCAGGCCGUGCGGCAGGCCUACGAGUUCGGGACCUCCUGUUACCUGAUCUUGGGACUCAUCGGGAUGCUGCUGGUCCUGGAGACGUUCUGGGAGUUGCCGGGGAUCCAGCGCUUUGUGAAGAUCUUCCGCAGCCCCUGGGAAACGCAGGAGAGCAAGCUAACCGUGCUGCCCAUGGACGAGAGCAUGACUGGGGGAGAGCUCUCUGCACCAGCCCCCUGGGAGGAAAAGAACCAGGGAGAGCCUUUCUAUACACUGUCCUCUGGCAGCUACAUGCCAGACAAGCACUGAGAAGCGAGGACAGACAGAGUCCAGUGCAGGACUGAAGCAAAAUCCUACCCCUAGGCAGAGACACCAAUACAGCAGAGCAUCUAAAAACUGCUUCCUAGUGACUUCCUGUAAAACUUUGUCUAAGUUUUUGGUGACACUUAAAUCACAAGAAUUCCCUCGAAGGAAUUACAGCCUUAUUAUGUGCAGAUGGUGGCAUAUUAUUUAUUAUUGUUAUUAUUAUUAUUGUUAUUAUAGAUUCUUACACAUCUGUUCUAUACAGAGCACAGGAUACAAUACGGGGGUCCUGUUACAUGUAACACAGGAAGGAAAUGACAGGGAAGACCUCACUACGCCUUCAUUCAAGUCAUUGUAACUGACUCCAGUCCUGCUCUUCCAUUCGCUACACUGGUCUCAAAUGUGCAGUUUGGAAAGAAAAGCAUGUUCUAGCAGGCAUGGAUUCUCAUUUAAAACAUGGCAUUGGAGCUAUUUUAAGUUAAAUGAAGUUUCAACUUUCUUUGCCUUUUUCACAAGAAAGUAUGGUAUGCUUGAACUUCUGUGUGAAUUCGCCUCCACGGUGUCUUUUGGGUCCUGUUAUUGGCUGAAAGCUUGCCAGUCAACAGGGGAAGCAGCUGAUUGGUUAUUGACAGGAAAGAAGCCAGUGAAGAGGAGAAUUUCACCUUCCUGCUGACCAAGGAAGUGCAACACUAACUGAAAACACUGAUACCAGACAGAGGUUUCUUUAAGCAAGUGGAGUACCAGGGCGCAUGUUUUAAGAUGGAAGUAAAUGCUUGCUAUAAACAUGUGUUUCUUUCAAAACUGCUCAUUUUAGACCUAUGUCAAAACAAGAGGAGACAUCUGGGGAUGUUAUUGUAUUAAUGAGAAGGAAAUGUGCAAUCACAAUGAUAAAACUGAGAACAAUAAAUGAAUAUAUUUAUAUUAAUGAGAAGGAAAUGUGCAAUCACUGAUAAAACUGAGAACAAUAAAUGAAUAUAUUUAUAUUGACAAU